AAAUUCCAAGUUUCAAGACGAAACACCAUUGAGGGCAAUCACAAUAAACUACUGGAUCCACUGAAUUUUUUUGAAUGCUUAAUCAAACCCACAACAAAAAUACAUAUAAUUUGUAUAAAGAAAGAGGAAGAGAAAAAAAGCAAGUGAUUGUAUAAAAAAGGAAAAUGGAUGGACCACCAGAGAAUGAUGUUUGUUCAAUAUGCCAUGGCAAUUUCCAUGUCCCUUGUCAAUCCAAUUGUUCCCAUUGGUUUUGUGCUAAUUGCAUUCUACAAGUUUGGGAUCAUGGAUCUGCCCUUCAAGCAUGUAAGUGUCCAUUAUGUCGCCGUCCAAUUACGUUGUUGGUUCCUAGUGAUUCUGCAUCAAGGUUGCACCGAGAUCCUGUAGUUCCUGAGGUUUUACGAAGGAUUGAACACUAUAACCGGCAUUUUGGCCAACAUAACAGCAGCCUUUUCCAGAGAGUGCGAGAUCUUCCCUUUCUCCUCAGGAGAUUGCUGCGAGAUAUGACAGAUCCUCAAAGAUCUCUUCCAUUUGUCAUCAGGGCACGUGUCUAUUUGGCAGUAAUUUUAAGUGGAAUAUACGUUCUUAGCCCCGUGGACAUUAUCCCAGAAGGAAUUUUGGGUAUAAUAGGUUUACUAGAUGAUCUGAUCAUCAUGUUCAUCUGUUUCCUGCAUGUUGCUGCUCUGUAUAGAUCAGUACUUCUGUUUCGCCAUGGAGGUUCUUAAACACUAGCAUCACACGACAACUGCAAAAAAUGAAGAAGAGACAGAUCAUGCCAGAGAUGACAACAUUUGCUUGUUUCGUUUAUUUUACUCAUUCUAUUUGUAUUUUUGACACAUGACCAAGCUCUGCAGUACUUGUGGAAUUGCAAAUAUAACUCGUUGCAGUCGAUGACACCUUGUCAUACUUGGAACAAUUCUAUCAUCUGACGUUGUUGACUCAAUCCUCGUUAAUUAGCAUCUAUUUGGACGACACCCA